AUUGGCGGUGCUUACCGCAAAAAGAGGGCGAAAUUAUUUCCCGAAUAAUAAUGUUUGUGUCUUUUGUCUUUUUCUCACUUUGUUGUUUUUUUUUACCAUUUCUAACGAACCUUUGCUGACUUUUUGUGUUACACACACAGAGACACACACACACUCUCUCUCUCUCUCUCUCUGAUCAAAGAAAGAAGAAAGAGAGAGUAUUCAUAUUCUUGAUUGAUUCUAGAUGGUGAAUAUGAUGGAGUGGCAGAAACAACAAGUUCAGAAUGGUAAUGUUGAUGCCAUGUAUGUCAAGGUCAUGACUGAUGAACAAUUGGAAACUCUCAGGAAACAAAUUGCUGUUUAUGCAACAAUCUGUGAACAACUUGUUCAGAUGCACAAAACACUCUCUGCUCAACAAGAUCUUGCAGGAGCUAGGCUGGGAAAUUUAUACUGCGACUCAUUGCUGACAUCUGGUCACAAAAUCACAUCCAGACAGAGGUGGACUCCUACACCAAUUCAGCUUCAGAUUCUCGAACGCAUAUUCGAUCAGGGAAAUGGAACUCCGAGCAAAGAAAAAAUCAAGGAGAUUGCUACUGAACUAAGCCAGCAUGGCCAAAUAUCUGAAACAAAUGUUUAUAAUUGGUUCCAAAAUAGGCGUGCUAGAUCGAAAAGAAAAAUGCAAAAUGGGGGAACUAGUAACACUGAAUCAGAGGUAGAGACUGAAGUCGAUUCCAAAGACAAGAAGACAAAACCAGAGGAGUUUAUGUCUCAACAAAAUGUUGCUGCAGGGGAUGAAAAUCUGUGCUUCCAGAAUCCUGAAAAAUGCUCUGAAUUGCAGUACUUGAAUCCAGAUUCUAACAAAACAUAUUCCAUUUUUCCAUCGGAUGGCGAUGUAAUUUCAACAAGAAAUUCGAAUGGUGCGUCCCUUUAUGAUGAAGUGCUGUCAAAUUCAAGGAAUGACUAUCUAGCUGGAAAAAUGGAAGUGCCUGGGAGUUACAAUUUAUACCAGCAAGCAGAUGACUACAAUUUGGCAGGUUGACAUUUGGCGCAACUUCUAUCAACUGUUACUAACUGUGAAUAGAUUGGAGUGUGUUGCUUGCUUGGGCUUAUGUUUGUGUUAAUCGAUUUGAAUCAGUCAAAGCUAUUAAUAUAGCCACCUCUUAAGAUAGUUACUGGAAAUAUUUCCAGAGAAUGACAUAUGAUUGUUAUUACUUCAUAUUUUGGAGCUUGUUUUUUGGUUUCAAACUUUCACUAUUUUCUUCAUGCAAGAAAAUAUAGUAUUGAAGAACAUAAUGUGUCACCCUCCUCCUGCAAGGCACUUACUGUCCAUGAUUAUUUUACUUACUGCUAUAUAGAAAGAAUUAUUAUAUAAGUCCUAUAUACAAGGCCGAUAUCCGAACAAUUUGAAGGUCCUGUCUGAAUAUUAAGAACGAGUCCUUAGUAAAAAAUACAAUUUUUUGAGAGUGGUUCUCUAUUUAGAUUGUAAACUUUUAAUGUGGAGUUGGCUUAAAUGUAUAGGUGAACAGUUUUAAUCAUGAAUUAUUUCACUUGAGUGUUUAUGCAUUAUUAUUGGUACUUGAGUUUUGGAUGAGCUAUUUGGUGGUAGGGUGUGGAAAACAGUUUGUAUGACCUAUCUAUUUGUUGAGUCAGUUACACGUUUGAUCUACUUGUGAUGCA